AUGGGUGACAUGAAUGCAAAGAUAGAAUCAGAUAAUGUUGGAUAUGAAGAUAUGAUGGGGAAGAACGGGUAUGGUGUUAUCAAUAAGAAUGGAGAAUUAGUUCGGGAUUAUUGUCAGACUAACAACAUUGUAAUUGGCUCCAGCAUAUUCAAAAAUAAAGAUAUUCUUAAAUACACAUGGACUUCACCAGACGGAAACAUCAAGAAUCAGAUUGACCACAUCACGAUUGACAAAUGGUUUAGAAGAUCUAUGGAAGAUGUAAGGUCAUAUAGAGGUGCUGAUGUUGGUAGUGAUCAUGAAUUACUUAUUUCCAGAGUUAAGCUAAAACUUUGUCGACAGAGAGUAAAUCAGGAACAGAAGAAAAGAUAUGAUACAGAUAAGCUAAAGAUACCAAAAGUUGCACACGAGUUCAAACUUGGGUUAAGGAACAGAUUUCAGGUAUUGGGAGAAACAGAAGGCAUAGAAGAACAGUGGAUAGAAUAUGUGAGGUUGGUGAGCAAACACUGGGUUUUAAAGACAGGAAACAACCAGAAUGGAUCACUGCCAACAGUAUCCACAAAAUACAAGAACGAAAACAGAUAA